CCUCUCGCACCUAACUCGUCGCAUCCGGCCAUGGCAGGUGGAGAGCUUCUCAGUCGUACAUGCCCUCUCUCCUUUCUCCCUUCUCCUCUUCCUGUUCUACCUUCAAUUCUCUACAGUUGAAACACACGAUCCAUCGACACUGCAUGAGAAGGUUUCCUGCACACCACCAUGGGUGUCAUCACAAGUUGGUACGCCAUUUAAAGCGCAUGUGGACGUGUUGGAAGAGACACAUAUGGUGGGCAGCCACUGUUUGUGUGGGUUUGGGAGGAGUGGAGGCCGUCCUGCCCGCCCGUCUCCACCUGCAACUGCAGCUGCUGCUGCUGUGUGUUUUUGUCUCUCAUGGUCGCAUGCGACUCGUGCCCACCCCCAAAAGGGCAAGCACCUCUCCCCUGAAUCGAGUCUCUUCCGUUUUCCUGUAGAGAAAGGGCCUACAAGUGGAAUUCAUCACAUGAUAAGCCACUUGAGAUAGCCAUGUCCUACCCUCAUGCCUUCACUCCUUGUAGAGGCUUAUCUUUGAGGAGAUUUCAACCCAAGGCCCUCUGUCCAUCUCCUAUAUAGCUCUCCCUCCCUCCUUACCACACCAUUUUGAGGCAGGUCGCAAGAUGUCGAGCAGGAGGUCCAGGAUCUCAGAGGAGGAGAUCAGCGAGCUCGUCUCCAAGCUGCAGUCCCUCCUCCCAGAAGCCCGCCGACGAGGCAGCGGCAGGGCUUCGGCAGCAAAGCUACUGAAGGAGACGUGCAACUACAUCAGGAAACUCAACCGGGAGGUCGACGACCUGAGCAACCGCCUCUCGGCCCUCAUGGCGACCAUGGACAGCGACAGCGCCGAGGCCGACAUCAUCCGCAGUCUCCUCCGGUCGUGAGCACGGUUCGUCCUCUCCUUUGUUCCACUCCACCUAAUGUAUCUGCAUAUGCAUACAUAAUGUAACUUGUUCCAAGUGUGGGACUUUUGAUGUAGCACGGGUAACCUUGGAUUUCCUGUACAUAACACAAGAAAAAUUCUACUUAGUUCAUCUAUAAUAUUCCCUUUCUCUGCCUUAUCUGCCACUAGACCAACUUGGGGGAGCGGCUUCCGUAAGCUCGAGGGAAACAGACCUAACCUCGGCAAUUUUGUAUCCCUAAUCCUACCACGAACGGUCUAGCUUGAGAUGCAACUCAUCAUUUUUGGGUAAGACUGAAAGCUUAAUGUGGUCAAACUUUAGGAUGAUGAGAAAUGGACUUCCUCCAGCUUUUGGCGUCAGCUGCUGAUGUUCGUGAAUUCAGAUUAAACAGCGCUAAGAACACCCAAAAAAAUACCUACCCAUAUGGUCAGUGCUGUAAGAAAUGAAACGCGUGAGCUCACCAGGGGUCCAUCUAGAGUCCGUGGGAUCCACGGCAGAUGACGUGGGGCGAGGCGCGAACGUCCGUGGUGGACCGUCCAAUCGAUGGAAGCUUCCUCGAAGCCUCCCGCCCGCCUACCCGCGCGCUCUCUCGCUCCCCGACGGUUACAGAGUUAGUUGACCUGACGGUUGUGAGAGUGUACUCGCCAACCGAAUAAAAUGUAAAAAGAAUAAAGAAAUGGGGAGAAAUAGACCAAAACUCUGCAAUCAAUCAUACGUUUGCUUAUGACCAAUUCUACAGUCUACAAAUAUAAGAUCUACUGCUCCUGUACAAUGGACCGCAAGAAGGCUGAAGAAGGGAAACACACACACACACACACUACCAAAAAAAAAAAAAAAAAAGAA